AUGAAAGUCGCUCUUACCUGGAGUGAUGAUGAUGAACCAGAAACUGAUCCAGGAUCUGAUCCAGAUGAGAUCUCUGGGAACUUUGUUGCCUUCACGGCCCUCACAACUACUGUACCUGACUCAAUAACUGGUGAAGAAUCUGAAAUUGAAGAAUCUCUGUCUAGUCAGGUUAGCAUUCUAGAAAAUGCCAAAAAGGUGUAUCUAUCUAAAAUAUCUGACAGGGACAGUAUCAUUGAAGACAGUCACAAACAAGAAGAAACUCUCAAACAUGAGCUGGAAGAACUUAAAAAUGAACUGGAGCAAUUCAAACGCAAGAUCAAAAUGAUGGACAACACAUCCACUUUAUACCAAAUUUUGGAUUCUGGUCGAAAGACACCCACGAAGGUACGUGGACAUACGAAACCGGAGUGCUUCUACUUCUACAAAGACCAACGUGUUGAGAAAUACACCAAAAAGUCUAUCACCCCGUUUGUCAAGCAAAUUUGGGUGAAGAAAAGUGAUUUCCUCUGCCAUGUCUCCUUCCACUCUACAAGUACUAACAGAAAAGAAAGAUGGCACUUUGACAGUGGGUGUUCACGUCAUAUGACGGGAGAUGCUAAGUUCCUAAACAAUAUAAAAGAAAGUACAAGAGAAGUGACUUUCGGCGACGAAGUUAAAGGAAAGAUCACUGGAAUUAGCACUCUGAAUGUCACAGGGCUACCCAAACUAAAACAAGUUCUUCUGGUGGAAGGCCUUCAUGCAAAUCUUAUAAGCAUAAGCCAAUUGUGUGACCAGGAAUGGAAAGUCUGCUUCACCAAGGACAGUUGCAAUGUUAUAGACUAUAAAAAGAACUGCGUCAUGGAAGGUAAACGCUCUUCUGAUAAUUUCUAUAUACUUACUAACGAUUCCUUUUGUUACAGGUCCAACAUAAAAGAAUCAAAACUAUGGCAUCAAAAAAUGGGUCACUUAAAUUAUCGCUCAUUGGAAAAACUAAUCAAGAUUAAGGGUGUAAGAGGUCUACUAACAUCAAGUUUUCUCAGGGAAAAGUCAGAAACUGUUGAAGUCUUCAAAACCCUAGCCAUAAAACUCCAAAAAGAGAAAGAUGAGCUAAUCAUACGCAUUAGAAGUGAUCAUGGACGUGAAUUUGACAAUCAAGUGUUUGAUGAUUGGUGUGCAUUGGUUGGUAUCUCCCAUGAAUAUUCAGCCCCUAAAACGCCACAACAAAAUGGCAUUGUUGAAAGGAAGAAUCGAACGAUUCAAGAGAUGGCUCGGGACCGAAGCCCAACUGGAAAAUUUGAACGUAAAAGUGAUGAAGGGAGUUCUGACUCCGAAGUUAAUCCAGAAUCUGAUACAAAUAAUCCAGAACCUCCUGAAACUAUAUCAUCAGAACCUACUCCAACCCCACCAUCUACUAGUCUAGAACCUGGACCAGAACCAGAUGCUGGAGCACUUGAAGUGGCUAUCCGAACUCACAAAGAUCAUCCUACACAAAACAUCAUAUGA